AUGGACUACACAUCGUUCCUGAGAUUCUUCUACUCGCAAUUCUUCGUCACUCCUACAUACCCUGAGCAAUCCUGCAAGGGUCAGGUAUUCAUUGUCACUGGAGCGAAUGUUGGACUCGGACUUGAGGCAUCCCGCCACCUAGUCCGCCUUGGUGCAGACAAAGUCAUUCUUGCAUGCAGAAAUGCGGAGAAAGGUGAAGCUGCAGUCAAGGAUAUCGAACAGAGUACCAAAAGGACUGGAGUAGCUGAGGUUUGGUCGUUAGACCUGUCUUCGUUCGAGAGUGUCAAGGAGUUUGCGAAGAAGGUCGAUACUCUGCCUCGCAUCGAUGCUAUCAUUGAAAAUGCCGGUAUCAGCACAGAGAAAUUUCAGCUGUUCGAAGGCAUGGAGUCCACAGUCACUGUAAACGUGAUCUCGACCUUCCUAUUGGCCCUUCUUGUCCUGCCAGCAUUGAAGCGAUCAUCGCAGAAACACAACAUCCAACCUCGACUCACAAUCGUCGCGUCCGAGGUUCAUCACUGGACAGACAUACCCGAGAGAAAGAAGAUUUCAGAGAGUGAUUCCAUCUUCGACGCUCUCGCAUCGCCCGAUCUCUCUCAAAUGGGCAUCAGAUACCCCGUCAGCAAACUCUUAGAUGUCCUUGCUACUCGCGCUCUGGUCGAAAAGACCUCGUCAUCAUACCCAGUCACCAUCAACACCAUGAACCCAGGCUUCUGCUAUAGCGAACUUUCUCGCGAGAUGGAUGGUAUCGCCUUCCAGAUCAUGCUCAAGAUUCUGGCCAGGACCACCGAAGUGGGUAGUAGAACGCUUGUCGCCGCAGCACUGGCUUCCCACGAUACUCAUGGUCAAUACAUGAGCGACUGCAAGGUUGAGGAGCCAUCGAAGUUUGUCAGAAGUGAGGAAGGCAAGAGGACACAGGAAAAGGUUUGGGCAGAGUUGAGUGCCAGGCUGGAAGAGAUCUCUCCGGGUGUCCUUUCGAACAUCUGA